AAUAUAUAUGCCUUAUUGUUAAAUGAAUGUGCUUCAACAGUAUACAUGUCAUGUUAUAAUUAGAUGUGUGUUGAAGAAGGAGUUAAAACUGUCGAUAGAUUUUUCCAGCCCUUAUAUCUGAUUGGUCAAAAGUUGAGCGCUGGGACGGACAAGUCAGUCCGCUGCUGCCCUCCGGAGUGUUGUGGACAGCGUACUAUAGGUUGUUGGAUACCGAAUUUGAAAAUGAAUGCAAUAUUACUCAGAAUUUAGCAGUUAGUUUUGCGUGUGAUUGUUGGAAGUGCGUAGUUUUGUCUUUCGUUUAAAAUUAUUUUAAAGACCGAAGCAUUUUACGGUGUGCCAGUUUAUUAUAUACAUACUGGAGUGGGGCGGUCGAUGAAAUCGGCCACUGACAAUUAAUGCAUGGAGACAGCGGAUCUCAGUAAGAAUGGGUAACAAGAUUUCAACAAGGAUGUCGAUACGGGGUUAACUUCAGCCACGGAAAUUCAGAUUUUGGAUCAUGAAGUCUUUGAUCAGGAUGGGAGUUUGGAAGAUCAUGCUGCUCAUCUUUGAGGCUUUUCUGCUGUCUGACUGCGCAAGAGGGCCCCCGAGGGUGGCGGAGAGAGUAGCCCACAGGCAGACAGCUCGUCUGGGCAGCGCCAUCAAGCUGCCCUGCCUGGUGGAGGGAGACCCCCCGCCACUCAUCAUGUGGACCAAGGACGGACGCAACAUCCACAGCGGCUGGAUCCGCUUCCGGAUCCUCCGUCUGGGGCUCAAGAUCAAGGAAGUGGAGGCAGAGGAUGCUGGGACCUACAUCUGCAAGGCCACCAACGGCUUUGGCAGCGUCAACAUCAACUACACCCUCAUAGUGAUUGACGACUCUGGUUCCGACAAGACCGGGCCCGGGGUGGCAGAUGAACUGGAGGCGGAGUCAGGCCCAGACAGCUUGUCAGGUAAACUAGUCCGGCCCAGGUUCACCCAGCCUGCCAAGAUGAGGAAGCGUGUGAUCGCCCGUCCCGUGGGCAGCUCGGUGCGUCUGAAGUGCGCCGCAAGCGGGAACCCUCGUCCAGACAUCGUGUGGAUGAAGGAGGAGCGCCCGCUCACCGACAGAGAGGUCGGCCAAGGGCGCCAGAAGAAGUGGACCCUGAGCCUGAGGAACCUGACCCCAGAGCACAGUGGCCGCUACACCUGCAGGGUCUCUAACCGUGCCGGGGAGAUUAACGCCACUUACAAAGUGGAGGUCAUACAGCGGACCAACUCCAAGCCCAUCCUGACGGGCACUCACCCGGUCAACACCACGGUGGACUACGGGGGCACCACCUCCUUCCAGUGCAAGGUGAGGAGCGACGUCAAGCCCGUCAUCCAGUGGCUCAAGCGGGUGGAGUCCAACGAGGAGAGCCGCUACAACUCCACCAUCGAGGUGGGAGACCACCGCUUCGUGGUGCUGCCCAUGGGGGAGGUGUGGUCGCGCCCCGACGGCUCCUACCUCAAUAAGCUGCUGAUCACCAGGGCCAAGGAGGAGGACGCGGGCAUGUACAUCUGCCUGGGCGCCAACACCAUGGGCUACAGCUUCCGCAGUGCCUUCCUGACCGUGCUGCCUGACUCCAAGCCCCCCAUCACCCCAAUGUUUACCCCAGCCUCCAGCACCCUCCCCUGGCCUGUCAUCAUCGGCAUCCCUGCUGGCAUGGUGUUUAUCUUCGGUACGGUGCUGCUGUGGUUCUGCCAGAGCAAGAAGCACUGCUCUCCUCCCAGUGCCCCCACGGGGGCCUCUCAGAACCUGCAGGCCUCCCACCGCCUGCCCUACCGGGACCGGGACCGCACCUGCGUGGCCCCCUCCUCCACGUCCUCCAGCCCAGACAAGGACUGCAUAAACUACGAGGACUACCUGACCCAGAAGCAGUUGCUCCUCACCCAGGGCGGUUCGAACCUCCCGACCAAAAUCUACCCUAAGAUCUACACUGACAUUCACACGCACACACACUCUCACGUGGAUGGGAAAGUACACCAGCAUCAACACAUUCACUUUCAGUGUUAGCCCCCCCCCCCCCUCCUCCUCCCUCUCUGGAGCAGCGAUGCUCCCUCCGUCCUCCUCUCUCUCUCUCUCUGCCUGUGAUGUCCAGAGAGCGUCUGAGCUGUGUUCUGGUCCAUACUUCAGAAAACCGCUCGUCGUCACACACAAGCUUGGGACUGUUCGUUUAACUGUUAUCAAACCUGGCCUGAACCCUCUGCCCUGGACCAGACCGUGCUGGGGGGUUCCAGAUACAACUACACAGUACUGACUGAGCGGUGUUUUAUCAGAAGUAACCACACAUUCUGGAACAAAUGCGAGUGGUUCCAGACAUUUCAUCAUCGUCGCUUGGUACUAAUGUGUACAGAUUUCACACCACUAAAACCAAUUAAAGCCUUAUGUGCACUUACUUUCUUUAAACAUGUUGAGAUUCUGCAAAGUCGUACGAGAUCAAACGGUAGCUUUUGAGAUUCACAGUGACGUGCUGUUGACCCUCAUCUACAGGGGUUCACGGACCGGGACUGGGGUCAGUGUCAACCUUUACCUCUACUCAAACUUUGUUUUGUUGUGAUUAAAAUGGUACUGAACAUAUUGCAGAAGGGCAGGUUUCAUGCUCAUACUCAGGUACGCCCUUUGAUCUUGUAUUGUUUUAGAUUUGUCGUGCUCAUCCAUCUAACCUGACCACUCUUCUUUCCUGGAGCUGUGUCCAUCAGUGACCUUGUCUCUCCUGUUUUCACCCAUAAGGUCACAUAGGUUGACCUUUCAUAUGUCGCCUCCUGAGUUGUAUUGAGGUACCCGGGUCUUGCCAUAUCUGAGAGAUUGCAAGGGAUACAACAUUUCGGUUUCUACAUCCAGGACCUUGCAACACUUCAACCUCCAGAACACAAACGUUUAGGUUGCUACCACUAGGCUAGUAUGCGUGUUUAUGUAGUGGUGAUAUCCCCAGAAUACCCAGAAGGCUUUGCUGUAAAUACGAUACCACUGUAUAUGACAACAACGGAAAGUAUUUGGACUGCAACCAGUUUUUAUAGAUGUAGUCGAUUAUAUACAUUUUGAAACUCGUUCUGUAUAUUUUAUUUAUUUUAUUAAGGAAUCACAUUGUAUGUUUGUUUUCCGAACUUAGGCAUUUCAUAUGUAUUUUGAUCUCAAGUAUGUAAUAUUAUAAAGGUUUACUGUGGUUCAGAUGUAAAGUAUAGCCUAUAGCACAUAAGCACCGCCAGUUGAAUCAUAUUUAGUCCGUGCUAGUAUUUAGUCCAUCAUGUACUGUAUGUAAUUGGUUAUAUUUGACAAUCCUGUAUGAAAUAUCUUAAAAGAAGAAAAUAAACUAAGCUACAUCAUU